GGAUUUAGGACUCUGUUCGGGUCACGAGUUGUGUGAAUAGAGCCAGCCCGCUGGGUGGCUGGGCAGUGCGAGGGGGACAGCAGUGUUCUCACUGCGGGGGCACGUAGGUGUAUCGAGAAGGUGAACUCAUUCUGGAGACCGGAGGUGACUUUCUUGUAUUCUAGGCUCAGUUUCCAACCAGGACAUAUGAAGAUCGUGUAACAGCCACAAGGAAAGAGGAAAGAAGAGUUUUGCUUGAUUUCAAGUGCCGGUUUACAGGGAAUGCUGAGCAAAGUGGUGUGACCAAACCCUGGACACCAUGCUGUCACGCUGCGCGCUCGGGGCGAGCCAUGUGCUUGUGCUGGUGCUGUGUCUGUCUGCGGCUGAGGACUUCGACUGGACAAAGAACGACCGCGGCUCUUUCUAUUAUGGAAUUUUUCCAACUGGUUUUUCGUGGGGUUCCGGCAGUUCAGCCUAUCAGACAGAAGGAGCCUGGGACAAGGAUGGCAAAGGAAUGAGCAUCUGGGACGUCUUCUCCCACAAGAAGGGCAAAGUGCUACACAACGAGACGGGAGACUCCUCCUGCGACGGCUACCACAAGGUCAAGGAGGACAUUGGGCUCAUGAAGGAGCUGAAAUUAAACCACUACCGCUUUUCCAUCUCUUGGCCUAGAAUCAUGCCAACAGGAAUCAAAUCCGACCACGUGAACGAGAAAGGGAUAAAGUACUACGACGACCUGAUUAAUCUUCUUCUGGAGAACCAGAUCACCCCCAUCGUCACCCUGUACCACUGGGACCUCCCUCAGGUCUUACAAGAGAAAUACGGUGGGUGGCAGAAUGUAAGCAUGGUCAACUACUUUAAUGACUACGCCAACCUGUGUUUUGAGAGGUUUGGAAACCGAGUGAAAUACUGGAUCACAUUCAACAAUCCAUGGUCUAUAGCCGUGGAGGGCUACGAAACAGGGGAACACGCACCUGGGCUGAGGUUAAGGGGCACUGGCCCUUACAGAGCAGCUCAUCACAUUAUAAAGGCACACGCAAAGGUUUGGCACACGUAUGAUAUGCAGUGGCGGAGGAAACAGAAAGGCCUUGUGGGAAUCUCUCUGGCCGCGGACUGGGGAGAACCAAUCGACAUCACCAGCCGGAAAGACAUCGAGGCGGCCGAGAGAUACGUCCAGUUCUAUCUCGGAUGGUUUGCCACUCCUAUUUUUAACGGCGACUACCCUCAAGUGAUGAAAGACUAUGUUGGGAGGAAAAGUGCACAGCAGGGCCUGGGGAGCUCCAGGCUGCCGGUCUUCUCAUCCCAGGAGAAGAGUUACAUCAAGGGCACCUGUGACUUCCUGGGCGUCGGGCACUUCACCACCCGCUACAUCUCCCAGAAGAACUACAUGUCCAGCGAAGGACCCAGCUACUUCACUGACCGAGACCUGGCCGAGCUGGUGGACCCCCGCUGGCCUGAUCCUGGGUCCGAGUGGCUCUACUCUGUGCCCUGGGGCUUCCGGCGCCUGCUCAACUUCAUCAAGACUCAGUAUGGGAAUCCUAUGGUCUACGUGACAGAGAAUGGAGUGUCAGAAAAGAUGAUGUGUACAGACCUCUGCGAUUACUGGAGAAUACAGUACUAUAAGGAUUACAUUAAUGAGAUGCUGAAAGCCAUCAAGGACGGCGUGAACGUGAAGGGGUACACGGCCUGGUCGCUGCUGGACAAGUUCGAGUGGGACGAGGGCUAUUCCGAGAGGUUCGGCCUGUACUACGUGGACUUCAGAAACAAGAACAAGCCACGCUACCCCAAGGCCUCCGUCCAGUACUACAAAAGGAUCAUCAGCUCCAAUGGAUUCCCCAACCAGAGGGAGGUGGAGAACUGGAAGCGGAAGGCCACAGAGACGUGCUCAACCAGCAACCAGCUUCUAGCCGCAGAGGAACAGCGGACUACUGCUGCCAAUAUUCUAAGACUAAUUCAUGAUCCCCUGAUCAGCCACAUGGAAAUGGUGACAGAGAUCGUCGUCCCCACUGUGUGUACCCUCUGUAUCCUGCUCAGUGCCGUGUUCCUCAUGUUUCUUCUCCGCAGACGCAACUAGAUGACCGCUACACCAGGGUCACUGUCAGGUGGCCAACUGCAUACAAAACCCAGCGGGAAAGUCUCCAAUUCACAGUAAAAAAACAGACACACUAAAACUCUUCUGACAUUUGUGUAAUAAUGUAAGAAAAAAAAAUAACCAGCAAUAUAGUCUGGAUAUAUAUAUAUAUGCAAGUGGUGGUGCUUCUCGAUAUUGCUUUUCUUUAGGGUACUUUUCAUGAGUAGCAUUCCUGAAAGUCCCAGCGUGAUGCGUUUUUUCCUAUUUUUUUUUAACUAAACAAUGCAGAGGCAAAUUUGCCAAAAUAUUCUGAUUCCAACAAGAGUGACUACAGGUUUGGUGUCUGAUGUGAGGUAAAUCAAAUUGGUUUCUUUAGAAAACAGAUCUUGCUUUAGCUGAGACAACUGAACACAGAACAGCUUUGGAGAAAUCCUAUGAAUGACAGUUUUUUUUUUAAAUGACAAUAACCAUUGCAUGUCAAGCUAUUCUAAAGCUAAAAUAAUUCUGUAUACUGUACAUGUAUAUCUCAGAGGAACAAGAAAUGGUGAAAACAACUGUUUUAAAUUAGAAAACUACGUUCCCUGUAUGUUAUGCUGCAUUACAGUGUUAUUUAAUAAAAAACAACACUUAUUCAUUAUUGGAAUUA